AUGUCUUCGUUAAAGAAAGUUGCACUUUGGAUUUUGUUUUUCCUUGCGAUAGUUGUCGCAAUCAUUGCUUGCAUUUUUCAAGUUCGCUACGGAAAUAAAGAUUCAAUGCCUUGUGUUUUUUGUGAUAUUGUUAAUAAAACAAGAGAUGCAGAUAUGCUCUAUAUGGAUGAGGACUUUAUUGCAUUCAAAGACAUAAAACCUGCUACCUCGAAUCAUUUCCUUAUAAUUCCUAAAAGACAUAUUGCGAAUACAAAUUCCUUGACAAUUGCUGACAAAGACAUGAUUGUAAAAAUGAAACUUAUUAUGCUGGAAUUACUCAAAAAGCAUAAUCAAACAAUUGAGAAUGAAAUAUCUCUAGGAUUCCAUGUACCUCCCUUUAAUUCUAUAAAACAUCUUCAUUUGCAUGGAAUUUCACCAAAAUCCGAGAUGAAACUUAUCGGUCGAUGGAUAUUCAAAGAAGACAGCUAUUGGUACAAAAGUGUAGACACAAUCAUCGCAUCGUUGAUUGAAAAUUCAUAG